GGCUAUUACAUUGUUCUGCGUUGACAUAUAGGGCUCAUGGUCAAGGAUAGGGGAAUCAAAAGCGAGAGUUAACUUGAGCAGCCACUGUCAGCCUGUCUCACAGUAUAAUAACCCACCAUGCAGAAUCAACAACCACUUGAAAACCGUACGAACCUGCAACAUAUUCAGACUACUGGUAAACUAGACAUGGCAGACUACAGCGCAGAAGUCAACAUGCCGAUGUACUUCGGCGGUGAACACCUGGAUCACUUUCGCGGAAUACAUUUUCCCCAACAAGUUGGAAAGGCGCUUGAUUUCAAACAAAUUGGAUAUUAUACAUCGGCUGAAUUGUACGACGUUGGUGGUAGCAACGCUCCGUCCAUCGACUCCAACCUCGUCAUUGACGAGGAAUCGAGAGACUCGAAGCCGGAUAUCAACGCCCUUCCCAGUGAAGACAGCGACGAUCUCCUUGCAAACUCCAACAGUCCAUCAACAAGCACCAGUGAGGCAGACACGGAGAAUUCCCCACCUGCAACAAACGACACCACUACUGCCCCAAAGAACUCCAGAAAGCGCAAACGGCCAAUUCCUAAAGGCAAGCCGCCAUACAGCUACAUCGCCUUGAUCAGCAUGGCUAUUGCCAACUCGGACGAUCGCCGCCUGACGCUGCACGAGAUCUACGGCUUCAUCGAGGAGCGGUUCCCCUACUACCGCGACCACGCCAACACCAAGGGCUGGAAGGGCUCCAUCAGACACAACCUCGCCCUCAACGACUGCUUCAUGAAGCUGCCACGACAACCUGGACAGAAGGGCCACCAGUGGGCCAUCGACCCCAACUACGAGGACAUGUUCGACCACGGCAGCUUCCUACGACGCCGCUACCGCUACAAAGACGGAGUCCGACGUAAAGGCAGAAAGCAGGACCUGGCCCCAAACGCCGUUGUCAUGCCCCCAGCGACGCCCUACGGCUUCGCAGACCCAGCCCAGUGUGUGAACGCCAGCACCCCAAACUGGGGCGUUCCCAGAGGCCACAUGACCACAACCCCACCGUCGUCAACAACAUCAACACCAUCUCCUCUGUCUAACUCAGGUGUUACUUCCCAGGAGAGUGUACCCGGUGCAAUAUGGAACCCCUAUCUUGCCGCCAACCGCCACCAGUCCUCACCCCCGGAGAACCUUUACGAAGCCAAAUCUCCCGACCUGUCAUCCCCCUACCCAGCAUCGUGUUCAAUAUCCAGCUGCACCCCUUCCCCCGAGCCCUCACAGGGUCAGGCAUCCUCAAGUCCAUCGUCCUCACCCCCUGAGGCUCACCAAGCUCUACCCUUCUACCAGACCCAGGGUAUAGGAGUACCCAUGUGGAACAACCCGGCAGCAUACGCGGCCAUGGGACAGACGCCGCCAGGCAUCGCCAACUACAUGGACGCCUAUAACAUGAACGCCUACAGCAUGUUGAACAGCGCUUACCCCUACAUGCCUUACAUGGUCCCCGGUGCUAACCCCCAGUCCCGUUACCCCCAGCUAUCUCAUAGUGCUACGGAUUCAACCAGCCAAGACUGGGUCUCAUCGUCAUAGUGCUAAAUGUGACAUUGUUGUACAAAUUAACAUAUACUUACUCUGUAUAUCUGGUUACCGUACGUGUUAUGUGAAGUAUGUACUGUUUGCGUCAAGCCUCCUGUUAUGUGAAACGUGUCCGGUUAUGUGAAGCGUGUUCUAUCGAUAUGUGAAGCGUAUUGGUUUUAUAGCAACAACUUGAGGCGUACUGGUCUAAUAUCGGUAUAAACUCGGUAUUGUAUUUUAUCAGUAUUUUUAAAAGUUGUUUGCUGUUUGGACUCGAAUGAGGUGUCACAAGAUACGAUUUUAAACCUUUUGCAUGACCAGUAUUUAUUGUAAUGUGUGCUUGGUGAUGAAUCUCAAGAAAUUGCCCGGUUUAACCCCUAUCCCACGAUAGUAUUGGUAAUGCUAAUCACUAAACUUUCUUUUGCCAUUUGGAUUUACAACCGAAAAUGCUUCCCAUGAAUGCGGAAGUGAAGGAUGAUUUGCUGAUUUGCUUUUAAGCAUUUAUUGUAUUUUAAAACAUAAUUUUAAAACCCGAAUCAUAAUGGAAGUACCGGCAUUUCUGUAUAUACGUUGCCUAUUAUUAAAAUUACAUGAAUUGAAAA